CAAAGCUGGAAAAUUAUAGCCUCCAAUGUUGAAGCUUCGCGCUGCCAAAGAUGCCCGAUCCGUGCAGGGUUCCCAUGCAUCUCUACGUGCUAUAAAUACAGACCGUCUCCUCAAUCCAAUCCAGAAACCACAAGCAGUAGUACCAGCAAGCAAACCACAUCACCGGUUCCAGCUUUCAGAUACAUACAGGUCUUCGAUUUUUUCCGCAGAGAUGGGUGACGCCAAGUCGUCGUGGCCGGAGCUGCUGGGGGCGCCGUCCGAGGUGGCGAAGCAGAAGAUCCUCAGUGACCGCCCGGACGUGCGCGUGUUCGUGGUGCCCGUCGGCAACAACGUCACCGGCGACUUCAACGACAAGCGCGUCCGCGUCUUCGUCAACACCCGCGGCGACGUCGCCAGGGUCCCCAACAUCGGCUAGGACGGUCACGCUCCAUUACGCAUGUAAUAUAUGCUAGUGUGCUCGGCAUGCAUGCAUCGUCAUGGUUCAUGUUAGCCAAGAUUAUUAUGUAUUGUACGCGUACGCACCUAUAUGUUCAUCAUUAUGUUGUAUCUCCAUUGCAAUAAAGUUCAUUGAUUGUGGCCA